AUGAAAUUCUCUCCAGUCAGCAACAAAGAAUCAAGUGAUGUUGAAGAUGCAGCGAAGAUCGAAGUUAAAACAACCGUUUUUAUGAAGGAAGUGCUAAGAAGACUAACAAGGAUUGAGGCCAUGGUUGCAAUUGUUAUUGAAAAUGACAGAAGACUAUCGGAGGAGAUGGAUCAAAUCAAAGAACAAGUGGACGAGAUUUUGGAGAUGAACAGGGAACUGCUCAAUCGCAUACCUCCUGUAGAUUGA